AUGAAUACACGUCGCGAAAACUUUAGAAAAUAUCUUGAAACAGGAGGAGCUAUAGAGUCCCUAACAAGUGCAAUAGUAAACUUGUACGAACAACCAGAACCUCCAGCCGAUCCGUUAAAUUUCCUUCGUCAACAAUUAGGAGCAAGUGACGGAAUUGAUGUUGAUGCCCUCGUUCGUCAGAAUCAAGAAUUAAAGGCAAAAGUUGCAUCACUUAAUCAAACUAUCGCCGAAUUAGAAGCAAAGCUUAACACUACAGAACAGCCAUAA